AUGGCUUACUCUACAUUUUUGAGGAUGUACUUUAGUGUUAGUCUCCCCCUGCUCAUGCUGAUACUGCUGACCAUGGAGUUUGGUAGCUUAGCGCUUGAUGUUACUGCAGCUAACCCCGCACCACGUGUCGGUGGAGUACUCAAACUCCCUUCUGCAGGCCCCUCUGUGAGUUCCGCAGAGACGUUUUCAAGCGAAGUUCUUUUCAACCAAUACACAGUGCUUGACAAAACAUCCUGGAAUACUUUAGGGGAUCAGGUAAAGUAUUUAGAUAAAUGGUUUGGAAAACCAAUAACAUCAUUCACAAUUGGAGAAGACAAACUUAUAGGUGAGUCUCCAACAUCGGACUCAGUGUGCGUUCACACACCUCCUUACAUGAAUUUGAUUUAUAUAAGCUCAAAAAGAACCACCGCUGCGGUACGUUCAUCAUCUGCAAUCACGACGAGCAAGAAUGCCCAGAUAACGAGCGAUGAUGCAGUACAGCCACACACAACUUCGGCCUCAAGGGUUGCGGUGGGGCAAGAACAGCCACAAAAAGACGCAAGCCUCCGCUCGAGCUACAUAGAUCAUAUCGAAAGGACUAACCAAGGCAUUUUGAAGAAUUCUGUUAUCGCACCACUGCGACUUCAUCCUCUAACUCCUUGGAAGCCAACUACUCUAGGUUGUUUACAAAACGAAGCUCACGAGGCUCUAGUGUAUCACGAAGCCCAACUCCAUGGUCAGCAACGUGGGGAAAAUAAGCCUUUUGUCAACGCCCAAAUCCAAGAAACUAUUAUUGCCACGAAUGAGUAUAAUACAAUGAUUCCCAUCACGCUGUACGGCACUGGCACCACGAUCGUCUCUUUCAAAGGCCACAAAGACUACGUCAUCAACGUGGUUCUUCAACUACGUGGACACCGCUACGAAUCUCCCGGCUCAGAAUACAACUGUGAAAACACACGCAUAACCGCACAACUGCGUUCAUCGACUUCACCAGUUUAUCGUGAAGAUCAAAAGGGAACUUCCAAACACUCAUCAAAAAGAGUUAAAGCUCCUCCUUCCAAAGCGCAUCAGCUUCAAGACACUGACGAUCCUGAUGAAGUAUAUGAAAGUAAUCAAAAUAGGGUCUGGAGUUCCUUCGCGCAGUUGUUUGAUACCUCGCUGCUAUGUGAGGUUUUGCCAAGUCUUUCUCUUCGCAUUCCAAAAGUGAAGGAGGAACGGGACUUUAGUUUUAUCAUCCAAAGCAAUGUGCAACCCCUAGUACAGAACAGGUUUGUUGGUCGUGACGGCAUCUUAGACCAAAGCAAUAUUUGCAGCAUCCAGGUAUACAUCUCACAGACUCCCGCAAAGCAGUUGAAGAUGAACCAGAUAAUUUUUGCUGUACUGAUUCCAUUUCUUGUAUUGUUUGUGCCGCUUCCCUUUUUUCUACGACGCGCAGAUAUUAUCCAGGUGGCUUCACUCGGUAUAGAUAUUGUGGAUUGUAUUUGGUACCCACCAUACUUAUUACGAAGGAUUAUCAUCACUGGGACUAUUCACCUUAAAGCUGUUGUACAGACGGCCUGGCAUCAGCGCAGGCGGAGGGCCCUUCAGAAGAGGCUUGAGUUGCAGCAGCGGGCUCUCUCAGCGCGAAUGAAUGCGGCCAUGACAGAGGCCCAAAAUGAUUUAUGCCGAAGGUGUGCUCCUCCACAGAAAGGGGUUGACAUUCCCCUUGGCUUCCCGAUACAACCUCAACAGGCGGGGAUCGCAUCGUCUUCAUCAGUCUUGGCAUCGCCAGAGGUAACGGCAACAGCGAAUGAAAGUUUUCCCAAUGAAUGUGGAAAGAAGGGCUCUUCCGUAAUUUUGGUAGAUCAGCCAAUACGGAAACUUGAUGAGGGUGAUGAAAGCUCCAGGGAUGAAUUGUCUAGGCCUGUGGCUAUAUCCGAUCCGUCGCCCACGGUUGUAGUCGUUAAUUCAGCCUCCCACGCCAUCCCUAAUGAGGCUCUGCCUCCGCGGCUUCAUAGGGAGUAUGACGAGGCGGAAUACGUCAGUGGCGAUCUCUCCUCCCCAGCUCUCCUCGGUAAGCAAGGCAUUGUAGACGGCACGCCAACCAGGCGCGCGUCCGCGGCGCCCUGCACGACUCGUGUCAACGGCCCGACCAGUCAAGAACUCCUCUUCGCGACUGAUUCAUGUCGUGAAGGAGGAGGAGGUGAUAUUGAUGAAGACGAGCGCUUCUGCCGGAUAUGCCGCGAUGGUGAGGAAGACGAGGCCUUGGCGGCCCCCUGCAACUGCACCGGCUCCGUGCGCUGGGUGCAUCCUUCGUGCCUUGACCACUGGCGGGUUGAGAGCAUCAAGCGCAAUAUGAACAACGUCAACACGUGUGAGAUAUGCAAGAGUGCCUUUAAGAUAAAAAUUCGGCGCUCAACCCUUAUAUGGCAAAGCUGCAAAAGCAUCGUGUACACUAUUAUCUUGAUUAUCGCAUGUCUGAUUUGUUUUAUGGUGACACCAUUGAUAGCAUACGGAAUCUUUGGGGAGGCAUCCUGCGUUGCCGAGUAUCACCAUGUACCCUACUCCAUUAUAUACAAAUUGGAUGGCGUCAUGCUCUCAUUUUUUCUUUACGUUGAGAUCGUUCUUUCGGUAUUACUUGCACGCCUCAUCGUUUACAGUUGGUUUCGCAGCAGUGCAGAGGUCGAGGCUUACGUCGCCGAGGUACACGUUGUCCCACGAUUUAUGACAUGGCGCAAUGUGCUAAAGAUCGCCUUAGUGACUAUCGUUAUAAUUGCCCAGGCGAUUUCUCUUGGGUACUUGAUAAAGUAUUUCAUGUACGUCACAAGCGACAUUGCGUGGAACUGGGAGGCAUCUCCGCUGCUAGGGGGUAUAGUUUUUGCUUUGUUUAUAUUUUUAGCUAUAGGAGUGAGUGUUUCACUAAGGGAGCAGUGGAUGCAGGCACGAAUUAAUCAGGGGCGGUCUGUAGCGGCAGACGUUGUCGUGGAGGUGUUGAAUGAUAGCAGUGGACCUCGUGUGAGUCUAGGAGUCGAGGGUACAGGGGUUACAGAGACUAGGACGGACUUGGAGUCGCACUCAGCAUCACUUGGAGGGGGAUCCACAAAUGGGAAUCAAGGUGGUAUCGCUGGGCCGCCCCUGCAAGAUUCUCGAAACAACAGCUUCCCCCACCGAAGGCCGCCGCUACAGCAUCGCUCAACACUCACCUUCCCUUCUCAGUAG